CGACGUGCUGCCUAUGACAGGUAUGGACCUGAUGCCGGUCCUGGUUCAUCUGGUGCAGGAGGGGCAGGGAUGAGUCCGGACGACCUGUUCAGCCAGAUGUUCUCCGGGUUUGGAUUCAACAUGAGUGGUGCAGAUGGGGAAAACGGAUUUGGGUUCUCCUUUGGUGGGAGAUCUGGCAGUGGAACUGGCAGGACGGACGAAGAGAUCGAUUAUGAAGUUACGCUCGAGGACGUUUACUGCGGAAAAGAAGUGACGAUGACUGUCGAACGAACAAGAAGCUGCGUGCCUUGUAAAGGUUCUGGAGGACGAACAGGCGCGACCCCCAAAACGUGCGUCACCUGUGAGGGGAAAGGGAAGGUGUCUGUUCUUCGACCAAUGGGGCCCAUGAUGGCUCGCACGGUCGUACCAUGUGAAGACUGUUCCGGCCUCGGCAAGAAAUUCCGCGAGAAAGACCGAUGCAAAAAGUGUCAUGGACGUCGAGUGACAAAAGAAAAGAAGCGGCUCGUGACACACGUCGAGCGUGGAAGUCGUGACGGACAACGAAUCGUUUUGCAUGGCGAGGGUGAUCAGGCAGCAGGCCAGGAAAGGCCAGGGGAUGUUAUUCUUCGCUUGCACCUAAAGCCACACGAGACAUUCGAGCAGCACGGACUGCAUCUGCUUACGACGGUCCACAUCACCCUUAGCGAGGCGCUGCUAGGGUUCGAAAGAGUUGUCUUGACGCACCUGGAUGGCAGGGGGAUCCGGCUCCAGAGUCCACCAGGAAAGGCCAUCGCUAGCCAAAGCGUGUUCCGCGUUGAGGGCGAGGGUAUGCCUGCCUACCGCAAGCCUGAGCACAAAGGGAACCUCUUCGUCCUCUUCGAGAUCGAGAUGCCCAGCCCGGAUUUCCUUGCUUCCAUUGAUCGUCGAGCGCUGGAACGACUCCUGCCUCCGAGGAAAAAAGAGAUCGUACCCGAGGGAGGGGUGGUCGACGAGGUACAGAUGGAGGAGAGCGGGAUGGAGGAAUUUGUGGAGGAUGAGGAUGAUUGGGAGGACGAGCAAGAGGAGGAGGAGGAGGAGGAGUUUGCCCAUGGCGGCAGACCAGAAUGCGCACACCAGUGAGAGACCGAAUUGGCGUAAGCAACAGUGGAUAGAUGCGGUUUUUUUUCCCUUGGUGUUGAUAAUGGCCUCGUCCUUCUCGGCUCCCUUGUUGCUUGCAUUACGCGCAACUCUUUUGCUUAAACUACAUAUCAC